AUGUCUACUGCCGAACUUGCCUCGUCGUACGCGGCGCUCAUCCUCGCCGACGACGGUGUUGAGAUCACUGCCGACAAGCUCCAGACCAUCCUCAAGGCUGCCAAGGUCGUCGACGUCGAGCCCAUCUGGACGCAACUCUUCGCCAAGGCUCUUGAGGGCAAGGAUGUAAAGGACCUGCUGUCGAACGUCGGCUCUGGCGGCGGUGCUGCCGCUGCUGGCGCGGGUGCGGCCGCCGGUGGUGCUGGUGCUGGUGCUGCUGAGGAGGCCAAGGAAGAAGAGAAGGAAGAAGAAAAGGAAGAGUCGGACGAGGACAUGGGCUUCGGUCUAUUCGACUAA